UCAUACUUGGCGGUUAAGAUUGUAAACAAUCCUCGACGGCCGCUCGAACGUGUUUUUCAAUUUCGUGUGAAUUGUCGGCGCUGUUUUAAGCGUUGAAUUUCCUCUUCGUCAACCGGUUUCUGUCAGAAAAGAUUUGCAAUGAGUGGUCGGAAUUUACAAGAGCUGUUGCAGCAGGCAGAACACCUUGCUAGCAACUUGAAUGGCGGGGGAGAUCUGCCACGUGUUGAUCGCUCUUUGCAGCAGAUUCUCCACACAGGCCAACAGCUCUGGUCUCGCCCAACUGCCCCAGGAACGACAGAGAGUGAUGCCCAAGCACGGGGCAACUGGGUCGUUUCUUUCUCAUCCGCAAAUAUGAAAAAGAAGAGAGGGACUGGCAGAGGGCAAAAGGGCCUCUACGUAUUAACAUACACAACGUCCACUUAUGGAAAAGGUUCUUAUACAGAAGCCAUCCUUUUGGGUUCUCGAGGGAUAGACCUGCCUCACAUAUCCACGCGGUUGGACGACCUCGUGACAGCCAAGACUCUCCAGCCUCUAGAAGCCGUUGCGGACACAGACAUCGCAGCCUUCCUCAGGAAUGAGAGAGAAAAUGCCAUUAUUACGGCCGUCGAGGAUUCCAAAAGAAGGACAUGUGAAGAAGUUGAUAAGCUCUACUGGAAGCAACAGCAAGCCGAAUGGGAACAGAGAAAACAGCACCUCCUCUCAGCUUUCACACACACGGGAACAGACCUCCUGAAUAUCACUGUUCAACAGCAGGAAAGCAUAGUGACUAUUCCUCGAACUGUUGGUGGUGUCGCCAGUAAUCUCAGCAGUGAGGAAACAGCUUAUGUAAGAGUCAUUCAACAGUAUAAUGAGGAAGUUCUCCAGGGAGGUAUACGACCUAACCUUCCUGAAGCCCUUAACAAUGCUGCUUCAGCUCUGGGAGACCAGGGAAUCACAGAUUUGUGGGCCUUGGUGCAAUGUCUAACUGAAGUUCCAGUAAGCAUUGGUGGAGAUGCUGCCCAGGCAAGAGCUUCACCUAAAGUUCAGGCAGCCCUUGUUAGACAAGCACGAGGCUUUUUGGAAAAGAGCUAUGCCAACUACAUGAAUACUAUUGUAUAUUCGCAUUUGGAGCGUGCUCAGCUGGGAGGAGUGCCAGGUCUAGUUCUGGUGCGUGCCUAUUUGGACGUUGUUCUGCCUGCACAGGCGAUUUCAACACUUGAAGAUGGACUAGCAGGUGGUGCACCUGUUUGGCCCUUAAUUUUUUACUGCAUGAGAGCUGGAGGAGGAAAAGCUCUUCACCAGGCACUAGCUGAUAAUAGUUCACCAUCUGUUGUAGAGGUUUUAAAUGCCCUUGAGCAUUAUGAAAAGAGUGACUCUGGACGUUUACCCCCUGACCUUGAGAAGAAAUUGAGAAUGUCCUACAAAAGAUCUGUCAAAAAUUCCUCAGAUCCAUUUAAGCGUGCUGUAUAUUGCAUUUUAAGCCACUGUGAUCCCCAUGAAGAUCAUGCUGAUAUUGCUACCACUACCGACGAUUACCUUUGGGUGAAGCUUUGUGUGGUGGAUUGUGAUUCAUCUCCCUCAGCCUCAACAUCAAGUAGUAGCAGUGCUAUUCAAGACACUCUGUCUCUGAAUCAACUUCAGAACCUUUUAUAUGAACAAUAUGGAGAAGCUCAUUUCAAUGCAUGGCAACAACCACUGCUCUACACUUCUCUGCUACUUAUGACUGGCCAAUUUGAAGCUGCCAUUGAGUUCUUGAGUCGUAAGGAAGCUCUUCGAUGUCAUGCAGUUCACAUAGCUCUGGCAUUACAUGAAAUGAAUUUAUUAGCAUUACCUGCUCAGGUUCAGGCUCCAGUUUUGUCCCGUGAAGACAAUGAUCCAGAAGGAGUUCGUAGAUUGAAUUUAACAAGACUCAUUUUACUCUACACUCGUAAGUUCGAGGCAACAGAUCCAUGUGAAGCUCUACAUUACUGCUUCUUCUUAAGAUCUUUAAAAGGCAAAAAUGGUGAAAAUGUGUUCUCCAGUUGCAUAAGUCAGCUGGUUUUGCAGUCUCGAGAAUUUGAUCUGCUCCUUGGAAGGCUGGAACCAGAUGGCCGCCGAACUCCUGGUGUUAUUGAUAAGUUUAAGGUUGAUGUGAGUGAGGUAACAGAAAUGGUUGCACAAGAUUCAGAAAAGAAGGGUCUAUAUGAAGAUGCUGUUAAGUUGUACGAUUUGGCCAAAAAUCAUGAAAAGGUUGUGGCCCUGUUGAAUCAGUUACUAAGCCAAGUGGUGCACCAAACCGAGAGUGGAAGUGGCAGUCAAAGGGGAAGAGUAUUAGAACUGGCAACAGCAGUAGCUUUGCGUUUCAAGACACACGGCCAUAACUCACUCCCCCAUAAUGCUGCUACUCUUCAUUUAUUGUUAGAUCUUAGCACAUUUUUCGAGCUUUACCACAAGGAAAGAUUUAAUGAUGCAUUAGAGGUUUUGAAAAGGUUACAUGUCAUAGCACUAAGAACAGAUGAAGUGGAGACUAGAGUCAACGGCAUGUCUUCGUAUGGUAGCGAAGUUCGUAAUGUGUUACCACAUGUGCUUUUAGCUGCUAUGACCACCACUCAUCGCUUGUAUUGCUCCCCUCCAGUCCAGUCAUCUCCACAGACAUCUUUUAAUACUUCAGCAUUGCCUUUAUCACCGGCAUUCAAGCACUUAAAGGAACAAGCACGGGCGAUUGUGACGUUUGCAGGGAUGAUCCCAAUGAGGCUUCAUUCUGAAAUUAAUGCAAGACUGGUACAACUGGAAGCUUUGAUAAAUUAAAAUAGAUUAUAGCGACUUCAUUUUGAUGACUGUACAACUUUUUUUAUAUUUUGAUAUAUAUGUGGUAUUGUUUGUGUUGAAGAACCCUUGUGUGACACAUAAGAUAUUGUAUGAAUGACUCCUUGUAAUUUAUGAAUGAAAUUGACAUAAUUUUUAAAGUAUUUUUGAAAAACUCCAGCUAAAUAUAUGAGGUAUGUCUUGAUUCAGUUUAGCAGGACACUUACAAUAUUUUUUGUGGGAGUCUCAUAAAUUUUAUUGAAGACCCCAACUUUGUAGAUGUUUGUUCAAUAAAGAUAUGUACUUCUAAAAAA